CCGGCCAAAAACCCUCUCUGACAUUGCGCAUCAAAACGAAGUUGUUGCUACACUGCAGGGAUGUGUGGAUAAUGACCAGCUCCCACAUCUGCUGUUCUACGGACCGCCUGGCACGGGAAAGACUUCGGCUAUUCUGGCCUUUGCUCAUCAGCUCUGGGUCCGCUCAUGAAGGAGAGGGUCCUUGAGCUCAAUGCCUCGGAUGAGCGUGGUAUUGCUGCGGUGCGGACUCGUAUCAAGAAUUUUGCAAAGAUUGCGGUGGCUAAGACCACCGUCGAGGGCUUCCCUUGCCCGCCCAUCAAGCUCAUCAUUCUCGACGAGGCCGACUCGCUGACGCCUGCAGCUCAGUCGGCGCUCCGCCGGACCAUGGAGCUGUACUCCAAGUUUACUCGGUUCUGCCUCAUCGGCAACUACGUCUCUCGCAUCAUCGACCCCAUCACGUCGCGCUGCUCAAAGUUCCGCUUCAAGCCGCUGCCGGCAGACGUCGUCACGGCCCGCGUCACUCGCAUCGCCGCCGACGAAGGUCUCGCCGUCGCCCCGGCCGUCCUCGACGCUAUUAUGCAGGUCUCCGGCGGUGACAUGCGCAAGGCCGUCACUCUCCUCCAGUCCGGAUUCCGCCUCUACGGCGCCGAGCUCGACGCCGACGCCGUCUUUGACCUCUCCGGCGAGCUCCCACCCUCCCGCCUCGACGCCCUUCUCGAUGUCAUCCGCUCCAACAAGUUCUCCCAGCUCAAGGCUGCUGUUGAGGACCUGGUCCUCGACGGCUUUUCAGGCGACAAGCUUGUCAUUGCUCUCUCCGACUGGGUCGUCGCCACCGCAGACAUCUCAGACCUCCAGAAGGCCUUUAUCAUGCGUCGCCUGGCCCUUGCCGACAAGGCUCUCCAGGACGGUGCCGACGAGUACCUGCAGAUGCUCGACCUCGCCUCUCACACUAUGCGCGUCUACGCCAAGCUCCCGCUCAACCUUGGCGUCCGCGAGUCGCUGUAAACCAUUCACCGCCAGCUCUA